AUGGCCCCAUGGAGCCGAGAGGCGGUGCUCAGUCUCUACCGGGCCCUGCUGCGCCAGGGUCGAGAGCUUCGCUACACUGAUCGAGACUUCUACCUUGCCUACAUCCGCCGUGAGUUCCGGAAAAAUCAGAAGCUAGAGGAUCCUGAGGCCCGGGAGAGGCAGCUGGAAAAGGGCCUGGUCUUCCUCCACAGCAAAUUGGGGGGGAUUAUUUAG